GCACCGCAAAUCAGAAACAUAACACACACCACUGGUCACUCUCUUUGGUUCCUUUCCCCUUUUUCCCUCUUCCUUCUUUCGCUACGUCUCGGGUCACUCCCCACUCUACACUGCGUAUAUUUAUACGUAUCUCUACGCCCCACCGGCCAAUGGCGGACUCCGACCUCUCCUCCCCCCUCCUCUCCUCCCCCGACCACAUCGUCGUCACCGUCCACCCCUCCGCCGCGCCAUCCGCCACCGGCAACCCCUUCAUCGCCCUCGGCUGCGACGACGACGACUUCUCCGUGCCGCCACCGUCCACCCUGGACCCGUUCCGCAACCGCACGCCGGCGAUCGAGGGGCUCUACGAGUGGGCCAAGACGGCGCUGUGCCUGCCGCUGGCGGCGCUGCGGCUCGCGCUGUUCGGGCUCUGCCUCGCGGUGGGGUACGUGGCGACGAAGGUGGCGCUGGCAGGGUGGAAGGACAAGGAGAAUCCCAUGCCCAAGUGGAGGUGUAGGGUUAUGUGGAUCACGCGCUUGUGCGCCAGAUGUAUUCUCUUCUCCUUUGGCUAUCAGUGGAUAAAACGGAAAGGAAAACCUGCACCAAGGGAAAUUGCUCCAAUAAUUGUAUCUAACCAUGUUUCUUAUAUUGAGCCUAUCUUCUAUUUCUAUGAAUUAUUUCCUACCAUUGUGGCAGCUGAGUCUCAUGACUCCAUACCUUUUGUUGGCACCAUUAUUAGAGCAAUGCAGGUCAUAUAUGUUAACAGAUUCUUACCAUCAUCAAGGAAGCAGGCUGUUAGGGAAAUAAAGAGAAGGGCCUCUUGUGAUAAAUUUCCUCGAGUACUAUUAUUUCCCGAGGGAACAACAACUAAUGGCAGGAACCUUAUCUCCUUCCAACUUGGUGCAUUUAUCCCUGGAUACCCAAUCCAGCCUGUAAUUAUACGCUAUCCUCAUGUACACUUUGACCAAUCCUGGGGUAAUGUUUCUUUGGGAAAGCUUAUGUUCAGAAUGUUCACUCAAUUUCACAACUUUUUUGAGGUAGAAUAUCUUCCUGUCAUUUAUCCCCUGGAUGAUAAGGAAACUGCUGUACAUUUUCGGGAGAGGACUAGCCGUGCUAUCGCAACUGCACUAAAUGCUGUCCAGACAGGACAUUCUUAUGGAGACAUAAUGCUUCAUAUGAAAGCACAAGAAGCAAAACAGGAGAACCCCUCAAGUUUUAUGGUUGAAAUGACCAAGGUGGAAUCAUUAUUUCAUAUCAGCAGCACGGAAGCUGUGGACUUUCUGGAUAAAUUCUUGGCCAUGAAUCCUGAUCCCAGUGGUCGUGUUCAAUAUCAUGACUUCUUGAGGGUUUUAAGACUUAAGGCUUGCCCACUAUCUGCAAAGAUAUUUUCAUUCAUUGAUGUGGAGAAGAGUGGGACAAUUACGUUCAGACAGUUCUUGUAUGGAUCUGCCCAUGUUAUGUCCCAACCUGGGUUCGAUCAAACCUUUGAAGAAGCCUUUGCUGGCUGUGGCGGUGCAGUAAAGACCUAUGUUGUUGAACAAGAGUUACGAGAUUUCAUCCAACCUGCUAUCCUCAAUUGGAGUGAGGAUGAGGUCCAUGAGUUUUUUAUGUUAUUUGACAAUGAUAAUGAUGGAAGAAUUGACAAGAAUGACUUUCUUUCAUGCCUUAGAAGAAAUCCUCUUCUCAUAGCAUUUUUUACACCUCAGCCACAGCAAAAAGAAUUUGAAGGUAAUGGAGUGAUAGAAAUAGUGUGAUGGAUGGAUUUCACAUUCAGGUCUUUUGUGGACUACAAAGAAAAGAAAUGGGUAGGGAUUCCUGGGGAAUACAUACAGUAUAGGAUGCAGUGGCCUCAUUUUUUUUUUUUUUCCUUUUCUCUUUUAAUUUUUUUACCUUGCUCUGAUUAAUUACUCGUAAAGCAUAACUAUUUGGUGAAGAUCUGUGCCAUCCAUCCUGCUUCAUUUGAUGUUUUUUGUUAGCUAGGUCAGUUUUGCACAGCUAGAUGUCAGUUACCUGGAUGUUGUGAUCACACCGAUCCAACAUUUGAGUUUUGGUUCAGGGACCAUGCUGACAUUUAGGGUCCAUGUGGUUCAUGUAAAGUUUGAACCAACGUGUCAAUUUGUAACAAACAUUAUAACUGUAUUUUUUUUCAAAGAUGUGAACAUGAAGAAAGUAAUGUAAUUUAUUUGGAUUGUUUAGUAUCAUGAAGGAAUGGUUUGUUGCUUUAGA